AUGUUUAUUAUCACAUUCUUUAUAUUUGCUACUUCUUUUGGCUCCACAACAAAGAAGUUGUAUGAAGCCGUUCCAACUGAUUGUAUAGUUUUCCCAAGAAAUUGGAUAUAUGAAGAUAAUAAAUGUAUUCGAACUGGGGAUGGAUCAAAGAAAGUGACUUAUGAUGGAGUCAGUCAAAAAUUCAAUCUUUCUUGUUUUACCAAUUACACUUACACGACACCAGAUUGUACUGGAACGCCAAAAACGUCUUCUAACUGCCACAGUUAUUUCAACCUCGAUUACAAUGUCAGAAACAUUGCUUUUGUAAGUGAUAAAAACAAAGGGUGUGAACUUGGGGAUAAAAUCAAUGGGAUGUAUUAUAACGACGAAUGCCAUAUUGAAAAUUAA